GACAUCACGAAGCCUCCACAUCAUGUGCCACAUCCCAGUCUUCUGCUGGAUCACUGCUACAGUUCUGGAGGAGGUGUUGAAGACCAGAGAGGGAGGAGAGCUGCCCAAGACCCUGACUGAGAUGUACAUCCACUUCCUGGUGGUUCAGACAAAAGUGAAGAACGUCAAGUAUGAUGGAGGCUCUGAGACAGAUCCACACUGGAGUCCAGAGAGCAGGAAGAUGAUUGAGUCUCUGGGAAAACUGGCUUUUGAGCAGCUGCAGAAAGGCAACCUGAUCUUCUAUGAAUCAGACCUGACAGAGUGUGGCAUCGAUAUCAGAGCAGCCUCAGUGUACUCAGGAGUGUUCACACAGAUCUUUAAAGAGGAGAGAGGACUGUACCAGGACAAGGUCUUCUGCUUCGUCCAUCUGAGCGUUCAGGAGUUUCUGGCUGCUCUUCAUGUCCAUCUGACCUUCAUCAACUCUGGUGUCAAUCUGCUGGCAGAAGAACAAACACAGUUCUACCAGAGUGCAGUGGACCAGGCCUUACAGAGUCCAAAUGGACACCUGGACUUGUUCCUCCGCUUCCUCCUGGGACUUUCCCUGCAGACCAAUCAGACUCUCCUACGAGGUCUGCUGACACAGACAGGGAGUAGCUCAAAAAACAAUCAGGAAACAGUCGAGUACAUCAAGAAGAAAAUCGAAGAGACUCCCUCUGCAGAGAAAAGCAUCAAUCUGUUCCACUGUCUGAAUGAACUGAAUGAUCGUUCUCUAGUGGAGCAGAUCCAACAGUCCCUGAGUUCAGGAAGUCUCUCCACAGAUGAACUCUCUCCUGCUCAGUGGUCAGCUCUGGUCUUCAUCUUACUUUCAUCAGAAAAAGAUCUGGACGUGUUUGACCUGAAGAAAUACUCUGCUUCAGAGAAGACUUUUCUGAGACUGCUGCCAGUGGUUAAAGCCUCCAAGAAAGCUCUACUGAGUGGCUGUAACCUCUCAGAGAGAAGCUGUGAAGCUCUGUCCUCAGUUCUCAGCCUGGAGUCCUGUAGUCUGAGAGAGCUGGACUUGAGUAAUAAUAACCUGCAUGAUUCAGGAUUGAAGCUGCUGUCAGCUGGACUGGAGAGUCCGCACUGUACGCUGAAAAUGCUCAGGCUGUCAGGCUGUCUGAUCACAGAGCGAGGCUGUGCUUCUUUGGCCUCAGCUCUGAGAUCCAACCCCUCCCACCUGAGAGAGCUGGACCUGAGCUACAAUCAUCCAGAGGACUCAGGGGUGAAGCAGCUGUCUGUUGGACUGGAGGAUCCACAAUGGAAACUGGAUAUUCUCAGGUAUAAAGACUGACAGUUAGUCUUACAGAGGAGGGCCUUUUGUUUGAUGGUGGAUAUGAGUGUUAUAUGAACAAUCAAAGGUGUAAGAAGGCUUUUUCCUUCACUCAAAACAGAAACCCUGGUUGAACACGAAAAGACAUAUUUGUGUAUAUUUCACUAGGCGAUUUCACUAUAAACAGCGCUCACGGUUUUGGAACUGUAAAGAUUCAGAUUGCCGACUGUUUCUGUUCUCAAAAAAGGGACAUCAUGGCAUCCAUAACCUCUGCACAGUGAAAACAAUUAACAACUGGACUUGGUUGAAGAUACUAGAAGACGUUACAUCCCUCAUCCAAAGGACUUCAGUUCUGACUGACUAGUAGGGAAACUAAGCAAUUAACCUCAGUGGGGACGUUUGCCAGGAUCGUCGAUACCACUAGUUCAUUAGUGUUCCUGGCUGUUGCAACAACAGUUGUCAUGGUUGUUAAGACUACCUGUGGCCAAGACUGAACGGCCAUCGUUGGCAUCCUCACCUGAGGCCAAUAGGUUACGUUUGUUG